AUGACCCACCCCAAGAGCUACAAGGCGUACGCGUUCACCGAGAAGGGCGGCGACCUCAAACCCAUCACAUUCGACUGGCACGACCCCGAGCCUGGCGAGGUCAUCGUCAAGGUCAUUGCGUGCGGUGUCUGCGCUAGGUUCCUGCCACCGCUGGGCAUGCGUGCAGACCGCGACACGCCGGAAUCCUCGUCCAGUAGCUGGACUGACGAAGCCGCCAAGUACGGCGUCUUGCCAGGUGCCAAGUUUCCCAUCGUGCCCGGGCACGAGAUCGUCGGCGACGUCGUCGCGAUCCCGCCGACGGAGAAGAAGUGGAAGGUCGGCCAGCACGUCGGCGGGGGCUGGCACGGCGGGCACUGCCACACCUGCGAGCGCUGUUCAGUCGGUGACUUUGUCACCUGUCAGAAGGAGGACAUCAACGGUGUCUUCCGCCACGGUGGAUACGCAGAGUAUGUUACUCUGCGCACGGAGGCCGUCGUCGCCCUUCCGGAUGGGAUGGACCCUGCCGAGGUCGCCCCGCUCAUGUGCGCUGGCGUGACCACGUUCAACUCUCUCCGCAACAUGACCUGCAAGCCCCCGCAAUUCGUGGCCGUCCAAGGCAUCGGCGGUCUUGGCCACCUCGGUAUCCAGUUCGCGAAGGCGAUGGGCUUCCGCGUCGUCGCGUUGUCGUCGUCGCCCGCGAAGGCGGAGCUCGCGCGGGAGCUCGGCGCAGAAGUCUACCUGGACGGCUCGAAAGUGAACCAGGCGGAGGCGCUGCAGCAGCUCGGCGGCGCGAGCCUGAUCAUGUGCACCGCGCCGAACCAGGAGGUCAUCCGCGGGCUCCUGCCCGGGCUCGCGGUCAACGGCGAGCUCCUCAUCCUCGCACUCACGGACGAGACGACCCUCCCGCUCAUGUCGCUGAUCCAGAAGCGCACGUCGAUCCGCGGGUGGCCCUCGGGCGUCGCGGCGGACAGCGAGGACUGCGUGAAGUUCGCGAAGGCGAAUGGCGUCAAGACGAUGGUGACGAAGUUCCCGCUCGAUAAGGCGCAGGAGGCGUACGACCACCGGGGCUCGGCGCGCUUCCGCGCGGUCGUCAUGCCGUGAGGGAGCGGGGAGAGCGGGAGCCUGGGGGUGUCGUGAAAUCUCGGGCCGUCGGGGUCGGGUGAGGACGAAGCAGUGGUAUGUGUCAUUGUAUUUGUAUGGUUUGUUGAAUGUGUGUUUGAGCUUUGAGGUGGGCGUGUUUGUACGUUGGAAGCGGGUUUAGGAGGCCAUCGCAGCCUGAGCGCUGAGCUACUACUACCCACGUCUAUCGCCGGCGGUGGCCACGAGUCGAGACACCACACUGCCAAAAUGCUCUACGAUGUCUAGGCAUACGUGGUCUGGACGUGAAGUGUACGACGGACUCGGACUCGGACCGGCUAUACCGCCGAAUUCUCCCAGCAGGCAGAGCGCUGAGAAACGCAUCGCGGCAGUGGAAAGCACUGAUCAAGUUGUGUGGCCGCUACCUAGUCAAUUUCUUGACCAGGGACUCCACGUG